GGGCGGGAUGAGAACGGUGCUGGAGUUGUUGGAGGGACGCCUGUAGGUGGCAACUACCAGGGGAUGCGAGGGGCUGACCUGGGAUGGAAUCCUGCCACCCGGACUCAGGAAGAAAAUCCUGAGGUGGCGACCUGCAGACUGGGCUGGGAGAUGGAGAGCCCGCUCACGCCCACCCGACCGCCUACCACCAGUGUUCCCGGAUGCAUGGGCUCCAGCGCCUGCCCUUUCACCAUUUCCUCCCCACUGGCAUUAAAUCCUGGUGUGGUGGAUAUCAGUGAUUAAGAGUCUAGGCAGCCACGUGUUCUAUUGCCGCCAGUCCGCAGGAAACCCAAGUGUUCGUUUUGCUGCGUUAACUCUAUGGGCGCACAAAUCUUAGGAAUCCAUUCCACGCCACCCCGAAAACAGAGCUUAACCCUUCUGGACUGCCACGCAGGAGGCGAUCAAUGUUUUUCUUUGUUUAUUUAUUUUUUUAAGAGAUAGGGUCUGGCCCUAUCACCUAGGCUGGAGCACAAUGAGGCUCACUACAGCCUGGAACUCCCGGGCGCAAGUGAUCCUCCUCAGCCUCCGGAGUAGCUGAGACCCCAGGCGAGCGCCACCACGCCUGGCAUCAAUCAAUGUCUUUCAAAAUAAAGGCUGUUAAACGUGUAUAGAAAAGAAGCUUUUUAAUGGUAGGUCCCACCAGACGUGUUUGUUUGAUUUUUAGGUUUGGUUAAUGCAUUGUUUCCCGUACAAUCUCAACCCGCGGAAACCCCGAAACUCUAGAAUUCGUGCAGGUCUCUUUCGCUUCCAGGUCAUCCCCGGGGCAACGGCCGCUGCUCUAAUUCUUGUCAGAACCUCCAGGCCAGUUUCUGCAACGUGCAGGCAGAAGCUGGCGCCUCGGUGGGAUGCGAGGGCUUGUGGAGCGCGGGGAGGAGAGCCCCACAGGCCUUUGCUGGGCACCCGCGGUGGAUGGGAACGCUCCUUCGGGCGCCUUUCCGGGAAGUUGUUUGGCUGAGGGCAGGUGGUCCGUCACGUGAAUGUUUAAAAGUUGUUACCUUGGAGAAGAAAUUGGGGAAAGGAUUGGCUUUCGGAGGUGGGCUGGAAACUACAAAACCGAGCUUCCUGGGAAUGCCUUUUAGGCUGACAGGAAGUGGAGCGUCACCGAAAGGGAGGGGCGGCCACUCGGGGACUGUCCCCUGCUCCAGGCGCUCACUUUGCGGGCGGCGCUUUUUCCAGGUUGUUAAUCCAGCGAAUGGGGAAGGAUAGAUGCACGCUACUUGGUUUAGAAAAAAAACAAAAAUGAGCAAACGAGACGCCCCUUCCGUUUUAUGAUAACCAAGCUCAAGGAAAUAACUCGGCUGGCCCUACUGCAAUCUACUGCACUCGAGUGACAAGAGAGCCUGCUUCUAUCAAUUACUGAAGCCAUAAGGAGAUUUUUUUAAAAUUAAACUUCAACACAAUGAGGUGUUGCCACAUCUGCAAACUUCCUGGGAGAGUAAUGGGGAUUCGAGUGCUUCGAUUCUCUUUGGUGGUCAUCCUCGUAUUAUUACUGGUAGCUGGUGCUUUGACUGCCUUACUUCCCAGUGUCAAAGAAGACAAGAUGCUCAUGUUGCGUAGGGAAAUAAAAUCCCAGGGCAAGUCCACCAUGGACUCCUUUACUCUCAUAAUGCAGACGUACAACAGAACAGAUCUCUUAUUGAAACUUUUAAAUCAUUAUCAGGCUGUACCAAAUCUGCACAAAGUGAUUGUGGUAUGGAACAAUAUUGGAGAGAAGGCACCAGAUGAAUUAUGGAAUUCUCUAGGGCCCCACCCUAUCCCUGUGAUCUUCAAACAACAGACAGCAAACAGGAUGAGAAAUCGACUCCAGGUCUUUCCUGAACUGGAAACCAGUGCAGUGUUGAUGGUAGAUGAUGACACACUCAUCAGCACCCCAGACCUUGUUUUUGCUUUCUCAGUUUGGCAGCAAUUUCCUGAUCAAAUUGUAGGAUUUGUUCCUAGAAAGCACGUCUCUACUUCAUCAGGUAUCUACAGUUAUGGAAGUUUUGAAAUGCAAGCACCGGGGUCUGGAAAUGGUGACCAGUACUCUAUGGUGCUGAUUGGAGCUUCAUUCUUCAAUAGCAAAUAUCUUGAAUUAUUUCAGAGGCAACCUGCAGCUGUCCAUGCUUUGAUAGAUGAUACUCAAAAUUGUGAUGAUAUUGCCAUGAAUUUUAUCAUUGCCAAGCAUAUUGGCAAGACUUCAGGGAUAUUUGUGAAGCCUGUAAACAUGGACAAUUUGGAAAAAGAAACCAACAGUGGCUAUUCUGGAAUGUGGCAUCGAGCUGAGCACGCUCUGCAGAGGUCUUAUUGUAUAAAUAAGCUUGUUAAUGUCUAUGAUAGCAUGCCCUUAAAAUACUCCAACAUUAUGAUUUCCCAGUUUGGUUUUCCAUAUGCCAACUACAAAAGAAAAAUAUAAAAGUAAAACAAACAAAAACAUACCUGAAAACUGCUUGGCAUUUGAGUAGCUUCUCCAUGCUAUGUAUUUUUUUAAGCAACAUCGUGAACUUUUAUCUACUCCAGAAGUCUCUACAAUAGAAAAAAAAGUGCAGUGCUUCUAGGAUAUAAAAUUCACAUUACUUUUGAAAGCCAAGAAGUUGGUCUUAUCCAGUUAGGUCUUCUUAUGAAGAGUUUUCAUCCAGGGAUGUAACUCCUUGGUCAGUGAUUUCAUUGUUUACAUCCUGAGACUGUUCUACAGUUUCUUUGACUCCUGGCAUUUGCCUUAAGGACCUAUAGCAAGCUGUUUCUAGGAUCAGAACCUCAAGAGAGGCAUUUCUCUGCUUUUUCACUAAAGGUCAAUUGUUUUAAUUUGAAGCCUGAAAUGCCUCUUUAGCAAAAGCCUGUGGUAUGGGGUAAAGCCAUGUAAGAAGAGAGUAGUCUCAGUCACAUAUGAAGAGGAAAAUUUGCAGCUGCCAGUGCUUUCCUUGUGGCCCUGCCAACCAGCUCUUCCAGGACGAACUCAGUCCAGCAUGGUUUUGAUGUAACCAUCCGUGCUUUUAUUUUUGUUAAGUCUUUUGUGACUGGGACAGUUAAUUUUAGUAGCUGAAGAACGUCUAGUUGUUUGCUUGAUUUUUGUGAACAUUUACUGCAUGGAUCACAAAACAAUAUACCCUGUAUUUCUUAUAUGCAACUUAUAUGCAGCAAAGAGUAAAUGUGUUACUAGAUUCAGGUAGUGCAUUUUGUCACUGAAUCUGACCUUGAGAAUGUACAUUCUUAUAUUUUACGUAAUGUAUGUGUUGUUUAAGAAAUGUGUAAAAGACCUGAAAAAAAUGAGUAAGAACUGGCAGAAGUUAAAACCCUUUGUAUCAAAAGAUCUUUAUUGGUAGAGCACUGGUUAUCUUCUGGAUACUAAAAAGUUGUAUUACAAAGCCAAACACUUGCAUUCACAACUUUAAAAAAAGAAGAUCCAAGGUACUAUUCAUAAUGAUGAAAUUUCAACUACAUACAAAGAGGAGAAAAUAAGAACCCAGUCAUAACAGAGGAAUUCUAUAGGAGUCUGCAUCAAUUCAUUGUUAAGGUUGCCUACUCUCUGUUAUGGGAAUUAGCAUCUGUGUUCCACCCAUUGUCUGUGUUUAGUCCUUGUUCACCGCUAGGGCUAGGAAUUCUUAACUAGGCCUCUGUUUACCACCUUCUCUUUCCCCUCCGUUCCCUCUUCUUCCUCCUUCUCCUCUUUCUUCUUAUAUAAUACUAGUAUAUUCUCAAAAUUGCAAAGCUGUGAGAAUAUUAAAAUAAUCAUGGCUAAUGUUCCAAUAAUGAGGUCUUUGUGCAUUUAGUUCCACAUAUGAUGGUUUUUUUUACAUUAAAGAGUGUAUGUGUCUUAAUGCAGUCAGAUUGUAAAAAACAAAAACAAAGAAACUAAGAACCUUACUAAAAAUCGAUAGUGUCAGUUAUCUGUUUUGUCCAAUAUUGGUAGUACUUUUUUGCCUCUUAUGAUUCCUCUAGCAGAUAAAUAAACUUUUGCCAUCCA